AUGGCAUUACAUCAUAUACACAGGCACCCACUUCAUGCCAGGGACGUAUCUUUGACUACUGAUACAUUUUCAGAAUCUCAAACUGAUCAGGGUCCCGCUACAACUACACUUAACAUGGACAGGGGAUCCACAGAGUCGUUGCAAACGGUUGCAAGUUUGUCCAGCAGUGCCAACGAGCACUUAGCGACCGUGUUUGUGACGCAGACCACUAUGUUAUCAGCAUUACCAACGGACAGUGCAGAACUUUCACUUUUAUUGGAUUCACUAGUAUCACAGGGUGGGUACUAUAUUUCGACCAAUUCGAGCUCGCUCGACCAGUUUUCAUACCUCUCAUCAACCACGCAGCCCAGUGGAACUUCAGAUGGAAGCUCUUCGGAAAUUUCCAGCUCUACUAAUUCAACCGGGUCCAGCGAUAUUCUUACAGUUACAAGCUCGACAACUUCGACCACCACGCAAAUUUCAACUACCUCAUCCGACUACGAAACUAUUGUCAUUCAGUACGUCGCAGGUACCGGAGAUACCAUUACUGAAACCACCACAAGGUCGCCGGCGACCUUGCCCAUUUAUACUAGUGUUGAAGCAAGUGGUGCAUCAAACUCCUCGCUUUCCAAAUCAAGGCGGCCAUCCUCAUCGGCUACCCCUACCCGGGCCUCAUCUAGGACCAUUUCAAAUAGAACCUCGCCAUCUUCAACCAUGUACUUGUCCUCUACUGAAUACUCAGUCGAACUAACCACCAUCUAUCCGGAUUAUAUGUCGGCCGGCACGCCGUACUAUUCAACACGCAUAGAAUACACCCAGCCGUUUUAUGUGACGGACUCGCUGACCACUUUCAACGUGGAGGUGCCGAUAACAACGACGGCAUUUCUAGAAAUUCCGGCGGCCUCGUCAUCUGCAAGUUUCACUCACCCGGCGGUAAUUACGACGGACUUGGCCGAUUUCCGCAACUUGCAUAGUGAUUACGUCCCCGAUUCGCUCAUGAACAGUUCAAAGAAGGGACUUACCCGUGCUUCGGUGGCUGGAAUUGCCAUCGGAUGUACCGUCGGCGUGAUUAUGGCUCUGUUGGCUGGAAUAUGGUUCUUUUUCUUCCGGGGAAAGCGCAGAUUUAGCCGUACAGACUCAACGAGGGAUCUCACGGAGGAGAAGAAUGGAGACUUCUCGGAUGACGAGAAAAACGGCCGCAGGGGAGCUUAUGGCACGUUUGAUGUGGAUCGGACUCAUGACUAUUCUCCAGCUGUUCCUAUAGUUACAAGUGCGGAUAGUACAGCGGGCGAUUUAACGACGCUAACGGCAUUAAAAAAGUCCCCGUUUGCCCCGGCACCUCCACCUCCACGCAAAAAUGUGAAUAACAUGUGCCAAACAUUGCCAGUGGUGUAUGAGGAAAGUGAAACAAGCAACUUCGAAAAAUCUGGCACUCCUGUUGUUGCUGAUACUUUGGCUUCUUUCAAGAUCGCAGGUGGAAAGAUUAGAAGUAUACGGCCUACGAAAAGUUCUAGUGACGGCAGCUCGGACUCUGAAGGGAGAGAUCAAAAUCCAAACAGGGCCAGCUCAGAAUUACAUUCGAGCAAAGACACCAAUGGAAAUGGCUCCAGUAGAUCAUCUUCAAGCUCAUUAGGCGCCAACACAAGCACAGAUCGCAGCAGUAGUAGUAAUUUCUCUUCUGACUUUGACGAUAUUGAUACGUUGUGA